AUGGAAUUGUUUGAAUGCAUUCUGAUGUCCGCUAUAUGGUUCAAAGUACUUACUGCUAUCAAUUACACCAAUCUUGUUUUGCAAUUACGGAAUGCUACAUUGGAUGUAGGAGUGACCAACAUCAAACGACUAAUUGAUGAAUUAAAAACUCUUCGAGAUAAAUGGGAUUCUAUUAUGGUGGAGAGGAAUAUCAGUAGACGAUAUGAAGCUGCAUAUGAAAUUGACAAAACUUUUAACUUUCUCUGGAAGUAUAAUCAUUACGAAGAGGAAGAAAUUCGCCGAAGGAGUAAGGAUUUUGUGAAUAAAUACAAGGAUGAUGUUUCCAUGGAGCUGAUUGAUGAGCUUUUGCAUUUGAAAUUUAUCCAUGAUGUUAACAUUAAAAAUGAUUUGGACCCCUUUCUUCUUCUUAAUAAAAUCAACGACAUGAAUCUUAUAUGUCUUUUCCCCAACAUUUGUAUUGGCCUGAGAAUUUUUUGUACAUUACCAGUUACGGUAGCACAAGCUGAACGGUCUUUUAGCAGACUGGCGCUUAUAAAAAAUGAUCUAAGAUCAACAAUGACGCAAGGUAGAGUUUCUGGCUUGGGAAUUUUAGCGAUGGAGUGUGAUUUAGCAAAAAAGAUCAAUUUUGACAGUGUAAUUGCUGAUUUUGCCGAGGAAAGUUUUAAUCUAACUUACAGGUUUUAUAUAUUUUAA